CUCUCUUCCUUCCUAUCUACGUCAUUUUCUCCCUCGAUCAGACAAUCCGUGCUUCUCUCUUUUUCUUCCUCUCUAUGAUAAUUCCUUUUCUCUUUUCUGCAUACACUGAGAUCUCGCGAAUUAAAAAGGGGGCCGCGACUGCUCGCCAGGAUUCAUCCGCGGGGAAGCAACAAGUGAUCUUCGCGCUGACGAGUGCGGACGCGAGAUUUUAUUUGUGACUGAUAUUGGCUACUGAGACAAAAUCAACAUCUUGCUUUCAUCAAAAAUAGAGACGAACGAAUCAAAUGCGGAACAAAUCGUGUGAUCAUCGAUAGAGAGUGAGCUUUUAACGAGGGAGAACGGUGGUUGUGAGUUCUCGUUCGUUUGCCAAUUGCGUAUGGAUAAAUUGAUAAAUUUCAUGUUCGAUACCCUGGACAUUUCGAUCAAUCUCAAUCUGGCAAAGUUGUAAGAGGUAUCGAAGAAGAGAGAGAAACAUCUAAAUCGGUAUAUCAAAUAUCUGUGUAACGACUUUUAAAUAAUAAAUAAUUGUGAGUUCUGAGAAUUGAGAAUAUCAGGCCUCAUGCCUGAUCAAAACGCACAAAUUGCACCCGAUAUACAGCAAACUAUUAGAGAAACUUGUCCGGUGUCUCUUUCGCCGCUCUUCCCACUCUCUUUCUCGGAGAGCUUGUUGUGAGUUACAUAAAGAAGGAUUUUACUGAUCAGUUAAUGAACCCGGCUAUACACGCACUCCAAGAACGUUCAACGACGCCGACGACGACGACGACUGCGACGACGAGGACAACGGCUGGAUCGGCAUUAUGCACAACUAAGGAUGAAGGACCGGAACCACGACGAGUGAAAGCGGAGCUGGAGCAACGCAUGUUUUACUUGGACCAGGUGUGAAAGUGCUGUGCGGUAAUACGUUCGUGCGAGAUAGCCGGCGCGGUGAUAUCUGUCGAAACCGCGUUAUCAGUACGCGAUCACGAAGCGGCUAGGUGACGAGAAUGAUGGCAAUAACGAUGUUGAUUCGUGCUCAUCACGAAAACAAUGCUCGGCACAGAUGAUAAUGUUAAUAACGAUGAAAAUGAUGAUGAUGAUGAUGAUGAUGAUGAUGAUGACGAUGAUGAUGAUGAUGAUUCCUUGUAGAUGCAUGUACCUUGGAUCGACACGCCUGGUCGCCAUUAGAACGUAGAGUAAUUAAUUAGUUGCCUUUGAGAGAGAAAGAGAGAGACCGGUUAACAGGAUUAACUAACUUUUAUAUCAAUUUCAUUCGAUUGAGAUUGCGACAAUUCUGUCCAAACGAAGGUCCGAUUUAAGAUUCGAAUGCUCAAGGAUCAGUCUAAGCGCGACCGACACGAGAACUUCUUCACUUCUAUUACUUACAGCAAGUGUUCGAUUAAUCCAGCAAAUCACAGAUGCGAUUUACGAUUCAAAGGCUAGACUCCGCAAAAGUGACUGUGGUGAAUAGACCAGUAUCAUCUAACAUUAGUGUCAUUGAGUAAGAUUGAUUAUCCAGUGGGAUAGAUUGUCCAGUGACAUUGAUCAACGAACUUGUAAAACUCGAGUUGCUGUUCUUCCUUUAUCAUUAUAGAUCAACCAAAGAUUGAAAAUGAAGUUCAUCACGUCUUUGUUCGGGACCGGAUCCCCGAAGGCUAUGGGCAGGCAAUACAUGAAGGUCGGCAGAAACGCCCUUUUCGGCGUAAGAACUGAACAAAACGACAAUAUUUGCGCUGACAACGUUCCGAAACCGCUGUCCUUGUUAAUCUCCAGAAAAGGAAAGCUUCGACACGGUAGGAUAGUAGCAAUCUGUUUAGGUCUUCUUGCACUUGUGAUCGGCAUAGUGCUCAGCAGCAUACCAUGGGUCGAUUAUCUCAUCUUAAAACAACUGCGACUGAGGAAUGGUUCACUCUCCUUCCACUACUGGCAGAAGCCAGGCGUAAUCCGACUGACUAAAGUGUACAUAUUUAAUAUGACCAACGUGGAAGGCUUCUUACAAUUCAAUGAGAAACCGAAACUUCAGGAAGUUGGCCCGUUUGUUUAUCGAGAGGACAUGGAAAAAGUUAAUGUUAUGUUUCACAAUAACGGAACCGUCAGUUAUCAGCAUAAGAAGAUUUUGAACUUUGUGCCCGAAAUGUCCAAAGACGCAGAUCUCAAACUGAUAGUACCGAAUAUACCUUUGCUGACACUUUCAACGCAAAGCAAGAGUCUCCCACGAUUUAUCACAAUGGGAUUGUCAUUAUUCUUGAGCGGGAUGAAGAUGAAACCUUUCAUCUCUAUAACCGCGCAGGAGCUUGUCUUCGGUUACGAUGAUCCACUAGUUAGCCUUGGACAUAAAUUUCUUCCCAAAACGAGGCGGCCUAUGAGCAGAAUGGGCCUCCUCCUCGGAAGGAAUGGUACGUUGACCGAGGUAUCCACAAUAUACACUGGACACACGGAUAUGAAAAAAUUCGGCCUAAUAAGCCGAUUAAACGGACUCGAUCAUUUGCCAUACUGGCCAACCGCGCCCUGCAAUGCUAUUGCGGCUUCGGAAGGAUCCUUUUUUCCGCCGCGGGAUCGAACCGGCGCGGACAUUGUUCACGUCUGGGAUAAGGAUCUCUGCAGGACAAUACCAUUUCAGUACCGCGGCCCGGUAGAGAAAACGAGUAUUAAAGGGGAUCUGUACACUGCAGCAGAUGUAUUCUUUAGUCGGGCGAACGAUACCGCGGCUACGGAGUAUGAAUGUUUUUGUCCCGAUGGUAUUGCCACCUGUCCCCCGCAAGGUUUGCAAGACAUCAGUCCAUGCCAGUAUAGCGCACCAGUUUACCUCUCCUUUCCUCAUUUUUAUAAAGCGGAUCCUAAAUUGUUAGACGCCGUUGAAGGACUCAAGCCUGUUCAAAAAUUGCACGAAUCAUUCUUCAUAAUUCAACCGAAACUUGGCGUGCCCCUCGAAGGGAAAGUUCGCGUCCAACUGAAUCUGAUGGUGGAGCGGCAGCCCAUCAUCGCAGCGGUAGGAAACUUUCCUGACAUAGUCUUCCCGGUCAUGUGGAUCGAGGAAGGCGUAGAAGAACUUACGCCAUCCAUCAGACGAUGGAUCUAUUUGGCGACCACGUUCGUCGACAUCUCCGUGCCCUGCGUCACGUAUGGGAUGAUUCUAGUCGGACUGACGAUCAUCGUCAUAGUGUUCGUGAAGGCGUACAACACUCCAGUACUGGCACACGAGGCGAUCGAGCUCGGCAAAAGGACCAUCAGGAGAGGUUCGUCUUUCCUGAUAAACGGCCAACAUCGAUUAUUGGCCGGUAGGGACUCUUAUAUCCUGCUGAACAACGACAUCGAUGAGAAACCGGACACGUUAAUAGAGACCUGAUAGUUGCAUCGUGCGUAAAUUCUAGUGUAGUUGGAAAUACUGAUACUGAGUAAGCGUAAUACGUGUUAGUUUUAGCAAACAGCUCGUAGUGUAAGCGAUAAUUAAUGACGCCUAGUCAUGGUUUAUUACGAAAUGAAUCAAUCCUGGCGCUAAUGAGAGGUUCGUCGAAAAGUAACGACGUGUCGCUCGCGCGUUUGCACUUUGGAGAAUCAGAACCCGAUGAUUCGGGAACAAUCUGAGAUCAUCGAAUGAAUUUAGGAACCCGUAUGGUCGCGGGAUUUAGGAAUCUCAGGAUUAACUAAGGCGAUUAGAAUAUAAGAUUAAGGUUUAAGAUUUAAGAUAUAUCUCUGGCUCAAGACACUUAAGAUUCAGAUCUAAUCCAAAUAAUCUAGAAUUUAAUUGAUCUGAAUUUUAAUUACUUAUUAAUUAAUGUAUAAUUUAAUAAGGUAUCCUUAGAAUUCGAAAAAUAACGAACUUGAUGAUUUGCAUGAAUAGAAAAGUCUUCUUGAUCAAAAUUUGCAAUAGAAAAUAUUUUAUGAAAGGCUCAUACAUAAUUGUUUCUCAUUCAGAGUGCGUGAAGAGUCUUUCAAUUAAUGUAGGAUCGAGCCUACAAUUUUGCCAAAUAGAGUCGUAAAUUGCGUAUACAUGCAUUUUUAGAGUGUAGAGUUAGAAUUUAAGAAAUUUUGGCAUUAAUAAGCUUAGAAUCUUCGGCCAGAUACCGCUCAAAUUAGAUAUGGCAAUCUGAAUAUCCAGAAUUACAAGGACUCAAGGAUUGUGAUUACGAGAAUAUAAGAAUGUACGUAUAAUACAAUAAGAACGUACGUAUUAGAUUUUUCGUCGAAUAAAUAAUAACCAAUCUGUACCAUAAAAAAAUUUAUUAAAACUAGGUGUCAUUAAUGAAUGUUGUUAUCAACAGAAUUGUUGUUAGAAUCGUUAAAAGACGGAUAGAAUCUGUGUGUAAUAUGAUACGAAAGGUGUAAUACAGAAUGCAUUUAACUGCGUACACCAAAGCCUCGCUGUUGAUGAUCAAGAGGAUUAAUUAUCAUACAACCAACUAGCGUGAUACAUGGAUGGGGUUAAAUUGAUAUUUGUAUUUCGUACAGAGAAAGUUUCUUUUUCUCAUUUUACGCCGAUUUAGUCGGUUAGAAUGUCUUUAUUGAAACGUGGUGAGCCUCGUUGUUUAGCGGAAUCUAAAUUCGCCAAAGAAUUGCCGUGAUCUUUCACAACGCGUGAAAGUAGAGACAAUACGGCCAUUAUAAUUAAUAUGCUGUAGUUAUAUAAUGAGACGUAACACAUAGCAACUUAUUUCAUUAUUAAUUAGAAUUAGAAAGAAAAAGUGAAAUUUUUGGUGGAUUUUUUGGUGGGAUCCGAUGGGUGCUUAGGGAUUGCCUAAUACUUUUCAGUAACAUAAAGGAUCGUCAAAUCGCGUUAAAUAUGUUAUUGUAUCUGUGAUUUCCGUCCUUAUUUAUAACGUAUCAAUAUUUAUAAUAUAAUCUAAUAUCAAUAUAAUAAAUUAAUAUCAAUAAUUCGCAUUUGUGAAUGGGGAGCAACGAGAAGAAGUUUCUUGUUAAGAAUUACGUAUCCAUAUGAAGCGCAAAAUUCUCAUUUCUUGCAAUCGUAACAAGAUUAUGCGUGACGAUUAUGCUUCUUCUCAAUGUGUUCCGUUCGUACUCAGCCAUAAUCUAGUGCAAUAUUAGUGAUCAUAUGUUAAGCACGUCAUUGUGUUACCGUCUUACGGUGAAUAAUGUCUAUUAGACGUAAGGUUCGUUGCACCAACGAGUUUUAGUUUUGCCUAUGACUGUGCGAAGCUAAUGUCAAUCUGGAGUGCAGUUUUAACUGUAGAGCAGCAUUUGAAAAAAUAAAUCAGAUAAUGAUGAUUAUAACAAUCGAAGGAAGUUGAACACAACUCGACGAUUAAUCAAAUGAGUGAUAUUUCAAGGACGUAAUGCGAUUACGCAUUAUUAUAAAGUUUAAGAAUUCUUAAUUAUUCCGCAGGUGAAAGCGCUGUAGAUUAAGCUGAUUUCAGCGAGAAUAAAGUUUUGUAAUUGGAAUUUAAUAAAAGACCUUUAUCCA